AUGUAUUUAAAAUUAUUUCGAAGAACCUAUCAUCCAUAUUAUGCAAUAAUGUUACGUGAUAUAUCGAAACUAGUACAAAAAACACUUUUUCAAUAUAAAAGAAAAUUAUGGCUCGACUAUUGUGGUUCAUUCAAUGACUGUGAUACAAAAUCUUUUUGGCAAAAGGCAAAACGACAUUUCCGUUCAAAAUCUACACCAGUUGAAGGUUUUGUUAUUAACAACAACACCAUUACCUCACCAGAUGAAAUGUGUGCUGUUGCAAAAAAUUAUUACGAAGAACAAUUUACUGAUCAUCAAGAUACAAAAACAGAUAUCGAUAUUGAAGCAAGGAUAAAUGUGAACGAACUCAAUGAAAUCCUGAUUAACAGUCCUCCUAAUCCGAUGAAUAUUACUUAUCAACAACUAUACAGGAUCAUUACAUCAAUGAAAAAGAAAAACUCAUCAGGUAUAGAUGGAGUUUCAAAUAGAAUCAUCAAGAUACUUCCACCAAAUCAUGUAUCAAUCGUUUUGGCAUGCAUGAAUAAUUUUGCCUCUACUCUACAAACACCCACACACUGGCAUAUUGCAAGAAUGAUAUUGUUAUCCAAAACAAAAUCUAAGAUAACAUCUAUAGAUAAAACAAGACCAAUUUCUUUAUUACCAUGUUUUUCCAAAUUAUUUGAAAAAUGUUUUUUGAUACAAUUUCGUAGUUGGAUAGAUGAUUUUGCAAUACUUCCAGCAGAAAAAACAGGUUUUAGACCAAAACACAACAUGUCUGUGCGUCUGAUAGCUAUGAUCGAUCAAAUUGGCCAAAGUCUGUCAAUGAAUACAGCAGCAGCAGGACCUUUUGUGAACUUCAGUUCUGCUUUUAACCAGUUAUGGUUUAAUGGAUUAUGGUUAAAGCUGAACAAAUUACAUUGUCCAUUGUAUAUAAUAGCCUGGCUGAAACAUUACUUGUAUGGUAGGAAAGCUUACAUCGACAUUAAAAAUACAACUUCAUCUACUUUUGAUCUCAAGAAAGGCGUUCCACAAGGGAGCUGUAUAGGUCCUGUAUUAUUCAUUGUAUACCAUCAUGAUUUACUUGAAGCACUGUCGACAAUUCAUUGGAAGCAUUUAUAUGCAGAUGAUUUGGCGGUACUUAUUGCACCAUCAUCAGCACUGUCAUCAAAGAAAAUGAUCAAAUCACUAAGAAGACAACUAGUACAGAUACUAAGACGAUUGAUAACAUAUUCCAACAAGUGGAAACAACCAAUCAACUAUGAUAAAACAUAUUGGACUUUCUUCAAUCGUCAAGUUAAUCCUAUCAUACCUAAUAUUCAGUGUAAAGAACACAAGAUUGAAC